GGGAGGGGUGGGCGUGGCCCGGCGGCGUCCGGUCCAGGCGAGGUGAAACUGCAGGAGUUCCGGCAGGAGGCCCGUGCUGACGGCCCGCACCUUCACCAUGGCCUCGGCCGAGCUGGAUUACAGCAUCGAGAUCCCGGAUCAGCCCUGCUGGAGCCAGAAGAACCCCUGCCAUGAUGGGAAGAAGGCCAGGAAGCGACUGCCUGUGGUGAUUCUCUUGGGCUGGGGAGGCUGCAGGGACAAGAACCUGGCCAAGUAUAGCGCCAUCUAUCACAAAAGGGGCUGCAUUGUGAUCCGAUACACGGCUCCCUGGCACAUGGUCUUCUUCUCUGAAUCCUUGGGCAUCCCCUCCCUUCGUGUGAUGGCCCAGAAGUUGCUCGAGCUCCUCUUUGACUACGAGAUUGAGAGGGAGCCUCUGCUCUUCCAUGUCUUCAGUAAUGGCGGCGUCAUGCUCUACCGCUACGUGCUGGAGCUCCUCCAGACCCAUCAGCGCUUCCGCCACCUGCAUGUGGUGGGCACCGUGUUUGACAGUGGUCCUGGUGAUAGCAACCUAGUAGGGGCCCUGAGGGCCCUGGCAAUCAUCCUGGAGCGCCGGCCUACUGUGCUGCGCCUGUUGCUCCUAGUGGCUUUUGCCUUGGUGGUAGUCCUGUUGCACUUCCUGCUUUCCCCGUUCACUGCCCUCUUCCACACCCACUUCUAUGACAGGCUGCAGGACUCAGGCUCCCACUGGCCUGAGCUCUACCUCUACUCCAGAGCUGAUGAGGUAGUCUCAGCCAGGGAUGUGGAACGUAUGGUAGAGGAACGCCUGGCUCACCAGGUCCUGGUGCGCUCGGUGGACUUUGUGUCAUCGGCGCAUGUCAGCCACCUCCGUGACUAUCCUACUUACUAUACAAGUCUGUGUGUCGACUUCAUGCAAAACUGUGUCCAGUGCUGAGGUCCUGCUUCAGAAAUAAACGCCGGGCACCUCCCUUCAACCUACAUCUGUCCUGAAGGACUGCUGGCAUGGCUGCUCCCUCAGACCCUGGGAUGGGGGUGCCAAGGCAAGUUUCCAUUGGGCAGCCUUGCAGUUAUUUGGACAAGUGCAAUGUUCUUACGGUGUUUGGGCUGUAAAAGGUUAAUAGUUUGUGUGUUGGGUGAAUGGCUUGAGGCUAAACCCCAGACUUGUUUUGAAAACAAAGUGGUAAAGUGCUGGCUGUACAGUCAUGAGUUCAAACCCAGAACUCACAUAAAAAAAAAAAAAAAAAAAAAAAAAAAAAAAAAAAAAA